AUGUUGUGGAUAGGAACGAUCGUCUUCAUGUCACCAGCUUCCGGGUUCCAGUCUUUGCGUCGCAUGGCAUUGAAGAACUGUUUCUGGGACGGGUCCACGUCCUCCACCACAGGCGACGGUUUGUCCAAAUCGGAGGACGAGCACGAUUUGUCCUGCUCCACGGCUUCUGGAGCGAACGUUGUUUUUCCCGCGGUCAGCCACGUUUUGCGCGCAUCGUGGUCAACGGGACACACAGCAUCGGAGUCGGAAGGCACCGCAGGGUGGCCGGCCGGCUUCGUGCUCGGAGACGGUUGGAUCUGUGAAGUUUUCGGUGGGGCCCAAAACAACUUUGAAAAGAACGACUGGGUCUGUUCUGGCCGUGCCGGUUCCGUAGACUUGGUCUGUUUGGCCUUUUCUGCCUUGGCCGCCGUCGCAAGCCACUUUUCCCGCGUCGAGUGGUCCACAGGACACUUUGGUUGGUCUUCGCUCAUGGCUGAUGAUUAA